UGAAAGUAAAAGUAUAGUAGGAGAUCUCCCCGAUAUUCUAUAAGAUUAAUUUCAGGUGAAAAUGGAUGAAAAUAAUUUGAAGUUUGAAAUUAUCAAUAAACCACAGAUUGGUCGAUGUAUCCAGGCUACCAGGGAUAUUGAACCUCUGGAGAUAAUUCUCACGGAUACACCAUCAGUUCUAGGACCUCAUCACGACUCACAACCUGUUUGUCUUCAGUGCCUCCGAAUCCAUGAAGGAGAUUACUACUGUUCUACUUGUAAGCUACCAUAUUGUGAUGAAGAAUGCAGUGAUACCUCUCAACAUAGGAGUGAAUGCUUCACCCUGUCAAAGCUUUCAGAAAUAUGUCAGGAUAUGGAGAACAAGAUGAUGGUUAUUAUGGUGAUGAGAUUAAUCAGAUUAAAGAUGGAUAAUUCAGAACUUUGGUCGGACAUAGAUAAUCUGAUGGACCAUGUGAAUGAAAGACAAGAAUGUACUGAGGAGUGGGAAAUGUUCCAAACUAAGGUUGUUGAUGUUUUAAAACUGGUUUUAGAAAUAAACGAUGAAACAUUGAUUCACAGAAUGAUCGGGAUAGUUUGUGUGAAUAGUGUAGGAUUUGAUUACAAAAAAACUUCAGUGAAAGGACGGGCCUUGUAUCCUCUACUAUCCCUGGUAUCUCAUAGUUGUGUUUCUAAUGCUAGAUAUACAGUGAACUAUGAUGAUUUUACAGUUACACUUCGAGCUCGCAGGAAGAUAAAUGAAGGGGAAGAGAUAACAAUAAACUAUGUUCCCCCAAUAUUUGGAGUUCCGAAACGAAAACGACAUAUUGAAGAGGAAUGGUACUUUAUCUGCAAAUGUGCCCGAUGUGCCGAUAAUACCGAGUUUGGAACCUACGUAUCUGCUCUGAAAUGUUCAAAUUGUAGAGAAGGAUUGAUUCUUCCAGAAACUGUGGAAAAAAGUAAAAUGAUAUAUCCUAAACUAGCUUUCUGUGCUUACUACAGUAAUAAGCAGUAUAUCUGUUCGAAGAAAUACCGGGUUUUAGCGGAGAGUGGUUAAGGAAAGUUAAGGAAA